ACCAAUUCCAGUCAAACAAUGCAUUUACACAUAUAAAUUGGGCUAUAUAGGGUAUACGGGCUGCCGAGUUCUUACUAACCGAUUCCAAUGGAGAAUUGGUUUAAGGAAGUGGGUAGGCCCGCCUUAUUUGACGCCCUUGCUGGAGCCUGUGAUCAAAUUAACGAGGUCCUUGAUGCGGGACUCGUAUCGCGUAUAUCGGAGAAUACAAGACUUUCCACAGAGCUCGAGCAAUUGAGAAGUCAGGUCUCAGACGCAAAUCAAUUAAGAGAGGAAAAUCAAUCUCUACAGCGACAAAUCCGGGCUCUCAAAGAUGGCGGUUUCACGGAGACGUCAUUUUUAAAUCAACCUAAGCAUCGCGAUGGCUCUAAUAAUCUCCGGAUCCCUCUCGCUCCUAAGUCCGUAAACCAAGUAUCAAAUCCGAGGCGAUCCGUCGAAUCCGGAAAAAAUAAACUGGAUGAAUUGGAGUUUUCCGAGCUUAGAGAAGAACAUCUGAAGCUGGAAGGAAGUUAUACAAAAUUGCGUGGGAAGUACUCAGAGCUUGAGGAUGCUCAUGCAAAAUUAAAUCGGCGGCUUCGCGACAUGACGAAAGCAUACAAUCAAUGGAUGGGUCAUGCAAAUCAGUUAAAUGAAUUGUGCCAGAAGCGUAGCCGUACGAUCAAGAAGCUAGAGGCUCAAUUAAACGAUGCUACAGCUCAGACGUCUGUUCCGUUUCAUGCUAGCUUUUCGUCCAAUGGUUCCAUUCCACCCGAACGUAGGCAGCCAACGACUACUUCUGAGUUGAUAAGGCCUGGAUCGAUACCGAGGGAGUCUCCAUUACUAUGGCCACCUACCGACGAGAACAGUAGUCACGAGUCUCUUCGAAGCACCGUCUCUGCCUCCCCGGAGCUAGCGAAGAUAGCGAAUAGGUUGCGAUCUGACCCGGUGAGAGAUGCCACCCCUCGCUCAAAGGGCCAUAUCUGCACACAAGUUGGAGAGGAAACCUCCUUACCACCUCUCCCUUAUGAUAAGGGUGUAACAAUGGAUGGUGUACUUAUAAAGCACGAGCCAUCAUCGGAUGCCCCGGUUAUAGUUUCGGAGCGUUGUUUGCGCAAGAGGAAGCACGACGAUGACCAGACGGGGGAACGUCGGGCUGUUGUUAAAGUGAAGGCAGAAGAAGAUAGCUCUGGUCCACAAAUUGUUAAUGAGCAUCGCCGAUUUGUGCCACAUGAGAGCAUCGACUUCGAUGCUGAAGGGGGCAGAGUGGAUACACCCAGAAAGCGCAAUAGAACCAAUUCCGAGUUUGAAGAUAUGUCUGGGUUGAACAAUGCCCGGUCACAUACUAACAAUACUCGCUUGGAUGGGGGUCAUGGUCUGGUACAAGAUACGCCAACACGGGGCAGUUGUUCUACACUUCCACAAUUGGAUGAGAAUCCUAAGACUGCCCAUGUCCAAAACACUGCAGCUCAGAAUUCAUCGGGUUUACAGAACGACCCUUCCCCCGCGUUGAAAUUCUUGGGUCGCAGCACCAUGUCUCGGCAAGGACUAAAAGUAAACAUUCUUGCGGAGCGGAAUGAGCCAUCAUCAGCUCUAUGUAACGGGAUUUCGAGUCUUUUGGAGGACGGUGACGAUUAUGGGGCACCAAGGAUUAGCACAAAGAUACCGAAAACUGGUCGACUUCGAGGCCUUCUCGACAAUCCCACACCAAGACAUGAAACUAUCACACCAACUAAAAGUGCGCUACCAAACCAAGCGAAUAUAUCAUCUAUUCUGGAGUCUCAAAUCCCGCCGAGGCGUGAACUGCCCUUUGGGAAGAAUGGAUUGACACCCUUUGAGAAAAGAACGACGAAGACAACCGGGCCGCUCGUUACCCCGGAAACAACAAGUAGUAGACGGGUUUCAACAAGUGCCAUUACGAAGCAAAGUUCGAACCGGCACUCUGAAAGGAGAUCAACGGAUGGAGUGGCUAGUGAUGCAACGCCUUUGAGAAAACGUCCAAAGUCCCAACUAGGCAUUGGUGACUUCAAAAUCAACCCCAAUGCCAAUGAGGGAUAUAACUUCGCUUUCACUGAUGUUGUUCGGAACAAAAAUGAACGAGCCAACCUAGCCGGAUGUGUCCAAGAAGGCUGUUGUGGCCAGACAUUUCGACUACAAGCGCGUGCGCAACGUGGCCAAACUAGUGCACCGGAUUUCCAAACGUCGCUAGAGAAAUACCUAGGCGAUGAUGCAUGGAAGUUAUCAACGAUGACUAAACCUGAGAAGGAAGAGUUAUGGCUUGAGGCCAAAACGCAAGAGCUUGCUAACGAACAUGGGAAACAUCGCCAUAGAUUCCACCGCGCGGCAUCGCCAGUGGGUUUCUGGCGAACAGAUUUCCCGAGUACCCAAGAGGAACAACGGGAUAAAGAAGAAGCUGCUAAGGUAGCACGGCAAACUAUCGACGAAAGAUAUCGGGAGGCAAUGCGGCCUGGCGGAAGAUGGUUGUUUAGAGACGAAUAAGUUCCAACGCGCUGAUAGAAUCCGGAAAUGGACUAGGGGCAACCCUACCUAUAUUGCAUUGAUGUUUGUUGGCGUUGGGUUGAAAGGCAUGGUUUUCGUCGAAGAGCUUCCUCCCUUAUUGAUACCUAUAUAUAACUACCUACCUUGGUACAGUACAUAUGUAGCUUAGAAGAAG